CUCUUCCUUUCUCUCACUCUUCUCUCUGCCACUCACACCACCAGCAGGACUCCCUCUGUCAACCCUCACUCCCCCACACACAGACAGCCCAGCCUCUGAGCAGACUAGUCCACUUAUUGCUUAUUGUGGGACUUUGACAUAUUGCCUUCAUGGCGGACUACCACAAACCCGACCAGCAGACGGUGCAGGCACUCAGGAACAUUGCCAACCGUCUCCGAAUUAACUGCAUCAAGGCUACAACUGCAGCCGGCAACGGAUACCCCACAUCAUGCUGCAGCGUGGCAGAGAUCAUGUCUGUCCUGUACUUCAACACAAUGAGAUACCGCCCAGAGGACCCCAAGAACAUCAGCAACGACCGCUUCAUCCUCUCUAAAGGUCACGCGGCCCCAGCCCUGUACUCCAUAUGGGUGGAGACUGGAUUCCUGAAGGAGAGUGAGCUACACUCUCUGUGCCAGGUGGAGUCCACCCUGGAGGGCCAUCCCACACCUGUGUUGGAGUUUCAGAAGCAGCAGUUUGUGGAUGUGGCCACUGGCUCUCUGGGCCAGGGCCUAGGUGUAGCCUGUGGGAUGGCCUACACCGGGAAGUACUUUGACAAAUCCAGCUAUCGUGUGUUCUGUCUGCUGGGAGAUGGGGAGAUGUCUGAGGGAGCUGUCUGGGAGGCCAUGUCCUUUGCCUCAUUCUACCAGCUGGACAACCUGGUGGCCAUCAUGGACAUCAACCGCCUGGGCCAGACCGACCCAGCCCCUCUGCAGCAUCACGUGGACAAGUACCAGAGACGCUGCGAGGCCUUCGGGUGGCACGCCAUUGUUGUGGAUGGCCACAGCGUGGAGGAGCUGUGUAAGGCUCUGAGCCAGGCUCGUCACCAGCCAACUGCCAUCAUUGCCAAGACGACCAAGGGCAAGGGCAUCCCAGCUGCGGAGGACAAGCUGGGCUGGCAUGCCAAGCCACUGCCCAAGGACAUGGCUGACGCGGUGGUGAAGGAUCUGCAGGCGCGCAUAACAAGCAGCAGCAAACGUCUGUACCCCGCCACGCCCAUUGAGGACACCCCACCCGUCAGCCUGCGAAAUGUCCGCAUGCCCAGCGCACCCGGCUACAAGCAGGAAGAGAAGAUUUCCACCAGGAAGGCCUAUGGCAUGGCCUUGGCCAAACUGGGACGUUAUAAUGAGCGUGUCGUGGUCCUGGACGGAGACACCAACAAUUUCACCUACUCAGAGAUCUUCAAGAACGAACAUCCCAACCGCUUUGUGGAGUGCUACAUUGCUCAGCAGAACAUGGUGAGCGUUGCUACGGGCUGCGCGGCCCGUGACAGGAAUGUUGUGUAUGCCAGCACCCUGGCCUCCUUCUUCGCCCGUGCCUACGACCAGCUCCGUAUGGCCGCCGUCUCAGAGAGCAACAUCAACCUGUGUGGCUCUCACUGUGGCCUGUCUAUCGGGGAGGAUGGGCCGUCCCUGAUGAGUCUGGAGGACAUGGCCAUGUUUAGGGCCAUUCCCACAGCAACCAUAUUCUACCCCAGUGAUGGUGUUUCUAUUGAGAAGGCAGUGGAGCUAGCUGCCAGUACCAAGGGUGUUUGCUAUAUCAGAACCAGUCGCCCCGAGAACCCCAUCAUCUACAACAGCAAUGAGGACUUCCAUGUUGGACAGGCUAAGGUGGUGUACCAGAGCGCGGAGGACAAGGUGACUGUGAUUGGAGCUGGGGUCACCCUGCACGAGGCCCUGGCCGCUGCUGAGAUGCUGAAGAAAGAGAGGAUCUUCAUCAGGGUGAUUGACCCAUUCACCAUCAAACCCCUGGAUUCCAAGACCAUCAUUGAGAAUGCCCGUCAGACCCGGGGCCGGAUCCUCACUGUAGAGGACCAUUACUAUGAAGGUGGCCUGGGGGAGGCAGUAUGCUCCGCGGUGGUGAACGAGCAGGGCUUCACCCUGCAGCGUCUUGCCGUGGCCCACGUCCCCCGCAGCGGCAAGCCCAACGAGCUGCUCAAGAUCUACGGCAUCGACCGUGAGGCAAUUUGCCAGUCUGUCAGGAAGAUGCUCAGUGGCUCUGCCAAUGCCAAGUAGCCCGACCAUGCCGGCCUAAGCUCCGCCCCACCCAAGCUCCACACUCAUUUUACCACUCCACAGAUAAAGAGAGAGUGUUCUGUGCCACAUGACGCCUCUCACCUGGUAAAUCUCGCCCCUUCACGGUAAAAGCACCACCCCUGUAUGUGUUUAUGAAGUAACGUGAGUUUGUGCUGUAUGUACAUUUUGAAGUAACUGCCACACAUUUAACUUUUUUGUCACAUUCAUACAUUACACACAACCCUAUCCACCUUGGUAGCCAUGGGUUUUGCGGUCCAGUUCAAGAUAUAAAAGUGUGUAUUCAUCAUUAAUAAUCAAACCCCAUAUAUAAGGACAUUCUCCAUUCCAUGCGAUACAAUAAAUGCUUUACAUGUUGUGACUCAAUGCAGAUACUUUAUGUGAUUAUGAUGUGUUUUUAAACUCUUCCUCUUUGAUAUUUUCAAUCUCAAACAACCAGCAGCAGUCUAUUUUAAUACUUUUAUAUUGUUCUGAUGAUGUCGAUCUGAAGACAAGGUGGGGCAUGUGGUAGUGAAUUGUAGGUGUUGUAUACAUGACAACUGUCUGUGGAAAAUGUAAUGUUUGUAAAAUGUAAUCCAAGAAAUAAAAUAAAACAAUUGCAGAUGUAUGUGGGGGGAAAAUAGAUACAUAAGUGAAGUCAAUACAGUGAGAAACAUCUGUCAAUACUACAACACAAAACCUGGACUUGACAGACUGUGUAAGCACAGUACAUAUUGGUUCCAACAUAUUAAGCAAAAAAAACUGCCCAAAAUGUUUGUGGGUUCAAGCUUUUGUCUGAAAAUCUUUCUUCACACCAUUUACCUGAAAGAGCAAGCCCAGAGAAGUGUGCUAACCUAGGCUGUCUUAACAUACGGAUAAAGUUUUUAUAACCAAUUUUUUUUUAUAACUAUUCAUGGAUUGCACCUCUGCCCCUCGGUUUCAUUUUUGCUGUGGUUACUAACAUUCUAUAGACACUGCAGACAUGUUGUUGACCAGAAUUUCAAUUCAGGCUAAUUACCUUUAAACAGGGGCUAAUUACCAUUUUGUCUAAGUUGCACAACAACAUGGCUAAAGUAUGCAAAUUUUUUGUCAAAAAGAAAGUUGUAAUCAUCUUCAUAAUAUCAAACAUACUUUGUCCGGUGUUGUCAUUAGCUAGCAAAAUACAUAAAAUAUAGCUAGCGAUGUUAAAGAUUGGCUAAAAUUCAGUGGAUUCUCUUCAGUAUUAAUUAGCUAGUUAACUUUAUAUUGCAUCCAACAACAGACUGAUCCCAUCUUCGGUUAAGGAGACACUCCGGUCACAUGACCAUUCAUUUUGAUAUCUCCUUCCAGCAGAAAAGUCCCACCUUGCAAACCAAUCAUUGGUUUAGAGGAAAACGCAAGAGUGACAAUCAAUUGUGUCCUUUUAAAAUAGAGAGAGCAGUGCACCCCCCCUGUUACAUCUGAAUCUCAUUCUGAUUGUUGGUAAUAUGCCUGAGAUGGUGUGAGGUUACUUUCACUUUGGAGAACUGUGUGUUUUUGUAGGGACCAUGCUACGGAGUACACCUAUACGAGUCUCUGGGUUUCUUUCCAUAGUGGUGUUGAGAGCAUGAUGUUACUUCUGAACUGUCAACCUCAAAGAAACACUUCCUUUGUUACUUGAACUUUUGUAUCUACCGUAUACUUCAUCUAUUAUUAAAGCCCUCUGCAUAUGGACUGGA